CGGCACAUUAGGGCAUGUACUGACUUGUGAACACCGAGACCUGAGAGCUGGAGAGAUAGAGGAGGAGGCAGCGAAAAGGCAUGAGUCUGAUCAAAGAGGUGGCGAGAACUUUAUAGUUAAGUUUGAGGGGGAAAUCUCGUUCCCCUUACCUCUCCCCAAUAAAUAGAAGCCCCGGCUAUCAUCCUUCCAUUGUCUGGCUGCGGUGGUGAUCUGUCCCAAAGAAGAAAGCAACUCAAGGCUGGCUUCUCCCGGGCCUGAGAGCACUUUCCCGAACGAUGUCUGUCACUGUUCACGAGAACCGGAAAUCACGUUCCAGCUCAGGCUCCAUGAACAUCCAGCUCUUCCACAAGGCGUCGCACGCAGACAGCCUCCUGACUCACCUCAACCUCCUGCGGAGGCGUCAUCUCUUCACCGACGUCACCCUGCGGGCCGGCAACCGCUCCUUCCCGUGCCACCGCGUGGUGCUGGCCUCCUGCAGCCGGUACUUUGAGGCCAUGUUCGCCGGCGGCCUGAAGGAGAGCCACGACAGUGAGGUCAACUUCCACGACUCGCUGCACCCCGAGGUGCUGGAGCUGCUGCUGGACUACGCCUACUCGUCCCGGGUGCUGAUCAACGAGGAGAACGCCGAGUCCCUGCUGGAAGCCAGCGACAUGCUGCAGUUCCAUGACAUCCGCGAGGCCUCGGCUGAGUUCCUGGAGAAGAACCUGCACCCCAUGAACUGCCUGGGCAUGAUGCUGCUCUCGGACGCCCACCAGUGCGGGCAGCUCUACGAACUCUCCUGGCAGGCCUGCCUGGCCUACUUUGCCAUGCUCUACAGGACAGAGGACUUCCUGAGGCUGCCCAAGGACAAGCUGGUGGAGCUGAUCCUGAGCGAGGAGCUGGAGGUGGAGGACGAGAGCCUGGUCUACGAAGCGGUGAUGGGCUGGGUGAAGUACGAUCUGAGGCGGCGGAGGGACGAUCUGCCGGAGCUCCUGCGCUGCGUGCGCUUGGCGUUGCUGCCGGAGUCCUACCUGUACCAGAGUGUGCUGGGCGAGGAGCUGGUGGCCGGUCACCAGACUGGCAAGGGGGUGGUGGAGGAGGCCAUCUGCUGCAAGACCCGGAUCCUGCAGAACGACGGGGUGGUGACCCUCCUGUGCGCCAGGCCCCGCAAGGUCAACCACGACGUGCUGCUGCUGGGCGGCCAGACCUUCGUGUGCGACAAGGUCUACGCUAUUGACCAGAAAGCCAAGACCGUCAUCCCCAAGACGGACAUCCCCAGCCCCCGCAAGGAGUGCAGCGCCUGCGCCAUCGGCUGUAAGGUCUAUGUCACCGGUGGUCGUGGUUCCGAAAACGGCGUCUCCAAAGACGUCUGGGUGUACGACACCCUCCACGACGAGUGGACCAAGGCCGCUCCCAUGCUGCUAGCCCGUUACGGGCACGGCUCUGCGGAGCUGGACCAGUGCCUGUACGCGGUGGGCGGGCACACGGCCGUCAGCGUCUCGUUCCCGGCCUCGCCCUCUGUCUCCCUCAAGCAGGUCGAGCACUACGAUCCCCAAGCCAACAAGUGGACCCUGGUGGCCCCCCUCCGCGAGGGGGUCAGCAACGCCGCAGUGGUUGGCGCCAGGCUCAAGCUCUUCGUCUUUGGGGGCACCAGCGUCAACCGCGAGAAGUUGCCCAAGGUGCAGUGCUUCCAUCCAGGGGAGAACCGGUGGACGGUGCCUGCACACUGCCCGCAGCCCUGGCGAUACACCUCAGCAUCAGUCGUGGGCGACCAUAUCAUCAUCAUUGGCGGCGACACAGAAUUCUCGGCCAGCUCUGCGUACCGUUUCAACAGCGAGACCUACCAAUGGUCGAAGUUUGGUGACAUGACAGCGCGGAGAGUCAGCUGCCACUCGGUGGCAUCCGGUAAUCGGCUCUACGUGGUCGGUGGGUACUGUGGUGCCCAGAUGUGCAAGACCCUGGACUGUUACGAUUCGUCGACGGGCACAUGGAGCAACAUCACCACCAUCCCCUACUCACUCAUCCCAACCGCCUUCGUCAGCACGUGGAAAUACCUCUCUGUGUAGCUCAACCAUCGGCCUGGGCUCUGCAAUCUGAGGGUCGAUGGAUUACCUGCUGCUGUUAAAAGACGAAGAACAUUGAAGAACGAGGGAUGGCACAGCCAGGUUCACCUGAUAUUGUCCCGACACUGGAGGGUAUUGGGCUAGAGAGGACUGCGCUGAGCCCUCUGGCUGACCGUCGAUGUAUGAGGUCAGCACCUUUGCCGAAAUUUGGCAAACCACGCCAUGUGUAUUUUGGUGCUCCUCCCGUUUCUGACAUACAGACCUCUCGGGGGAUUGAGACUUCAUCUCUUUCAGACUUCACAUCUGCCUGACGUUUGUCUUGGUUGUGAUUUUAAGACACCAUAUUUGCCUGUUCAGCAUAGACUGUCGCUACGGUGACUGGCUGAGGAAGCACAUUUCAGCUGGUAAUGGUGGGUCCUGAUAGCAGGCCCCUCCCCCACCAGGGGACAACCAGGCCGGGGGUGCAUGGAGACACCGUCACCUCCUGUUCACCGGCCAUUGCAGCCCAGAAAUGUAUCAGCCACCACUUCACAGUUACUGGGGUCGCCAUUCCGGAACGUUCUAUCUGGCUGCAUUGAGAGUGUGUGUCCAUUACACAGGCUGCGAUGUAUCAUCAUUCGUUUGGAAUCGGACGAUAAGUGUGAACCCUGUCAAUGAUGCCCAUUUCCUGAGGACUGGAACUAAUUCCUUCGUAGCUGGUGACCAUUUCCAACUUCCUUCUCUCCGACAAUCCACAGACUUUGAAUACCUAAACUUGGCACAAUCUGAUUGGGCACAAUUACUGGCUUCACUCUGACACAUUCGAUCCCAUGCCGUUUGGUCCCGUCACCAUUCUGUGCAGAGUGCGGCUGAACUAGUUGGUGUUUCCCCUUUGUUUGCUGUGAUUCUGUUGACCUAGAUUGGGGGAAGCAAACCCCUCUAGCUAUAUAGUUUUGCACCUUGUGUUUUCCAACUUCAUGAUUUUUGUCAUUUGACGACUUAUUUUCUGUAUUUAUUUUUAUGAUGGGUGGUUUCUGAGUCUUCACAGAGCGCCCAGUUACUUUUCUUUUACAGUGUUAUCUUGUCUUGAUAUCUUGGUGUGAACUGACUGGUUUUCCUCAGCUGGCAAAACUGUUGUUGGGAAAACAAAAUGCCUGUGGUUCUGAAUUAAUCUGUUGUAAUUGUUGAGCACUGUGGCCUAAUCUCGUGGAAAAAAAUGCCAGCAACAAGAACUUUCUAUGGGACUUGUGUAAUUUGCUAGAGCAAGCCUUUCCCUGGAUCCAGGGUGAGAAGGGUUUCGGUUGUAGUUGAAAAAUUCCAGAGAUUCACCCUUUAACUCUCCCAGUGAUUCAGCAGAUAAAUGCACAGCCUCUAGAUCCAAGGGAGUCACCUGGACAAUAAAAGUGCUGUACUCUCUACCUGGGCCUGUUCUGGUGUAGGCCUCACCAUCAGCUUUUAUUGCCUUUUGGAGUGGGCAGUGGAAUAAAAUGACCUGCUUUUAAACAGAAUGCCUGUUGAUGACACGGGCAGGGCAGCGUGGAGCUGCAUGGGUUGUGAUGCACACCAUAGUAGAAUAGCCAGCUCUCCACACUCCGGUUUUGAAAGGUCUCUGGAACUGAACUAAAUGGGGUGAAAAGGACCAACUGGAUGACAAAUUAGAGUCGCCAUAGUCCCACUCUGUCACUCGAGAGAGAGAGAGGACUGGUGAUGGUUUAACCUGAGGGUCACCAGAACUCUGGUGAGGUUGAAGGGGAGUGACCAUCGUCAUAACAGCAACCUGUAUGGGAGUUGAGCUCCUGGUAAUGGCAUUGCUCUAGGAUUGUAAACCAGCCAGCUGAACUAACCAAUCCCCUACCGUUGUAGCAGCAAAAUAGUCGUUAUGGUCAAAUUUAUUGAUUUGGCGAGAUUCAUUGGCUGUUUUCCUGUCAUUUGUGUUUCACUGGGGUUUAGGAUCACCGAGUUAACUAGUUUUAAUUGAAGCCUCCAGUUGCACCCAGAUAAAUUGUUGUUAAUGACACAAACCGCUUCAUUGAAUGAUCUGAGACGGACUGCACCCAAAACGUUAACUUCCUUGAUCUUGAGUGUUUCCCACAUUUUGCAUUUUUGUCAUUGUCUGUUUCCCGGCCGUGAUUAUUUUUGACCAUCUGAUGGCCGGUGGUACCCUCACUGUGCCAGCACGUCCAAGCCCCUGGCUAAGAACGAGCUGCUGGCUAAUACCUGGCAGAUGUGGUUUCAGGUACCGCUAGGGGGAUUUAAAUUAAAUAGAUUUUUUAAAAAUCUGGAACUGAAAACUUCUCUCCACAGUGGUGGCUGUGAGUUGUCACAAUUUGUCCUUUCUUGCUUUCACUAGUAUCCUGAAAUCAGUCACCCUUACCUGGUCUGGUCUACAUGUGACUCCAGUCUCAUGACAGUGAGGUUCACUCUGAAUUGCCCCCUGAAAUGGUUCCAGUGAGUCACUCGGGAUGAGCAACAAAUGCUGAACUGGCCAGUGGUACCCACAUUCUAUGAAACUAUUGGCUGCAUUUAAAUCUGCCCCCUUGGGUAAUUUGGAACAAAUAAAUGAUUAGCAAACUGAUCUGUACAGCUCUCCCUCGAGCUUCAAUUAAUUAUUUAUGCUUGAGGCGUUUUUUUUCUUUUGAGAGGAUCUAAUAUUUGAUUCAAAUCAGAGGAUUUUAAUGAGUAAUGCUCAAGAAAUCACAAGCAUAUGAUUUUGUUCCAACAAUGUUUAUGAAGAGUCUGUGCUUGUGUCAAGCAAGACUCACUCACUGGUAAUUGGCCUUGAAAUGUUCUGCAACUUCUUAUUCCCCAGCCUUUUCGACACCUACCUCUUUGACAAAGCUUUAGGUCUUUACGUGGCUCAGUGUCAAAUUGCAUCUAGCACUCCGUUCCUGUGACACAUUUGGAGGUCUUUUACUGUGGCAAAAGGUGCUACAUAAAUGAAAGUUUACUUCCCAUUGGGAAAGGGGUUUUGUAAUCGCCCCACCUGUUUUCUCCACCUCACCGACUGACUCCAGUCUGUGUCACAGGCUCUGCUGUAGGCCCAGGCUGCACUCUGCUUUUGACCCUCCUAACUUUGCAAGUCCAGCAAGAACAUAGAGGUCAAGCCCUGGCAGAAGUGGAGUGACUCACUUACCUCACAGGUAUGGGCAUAGCCAGAACUGUAGUGUCAGGGGCAACCCUGGAUGUGCAUUAAAAUAAAUGUUAAGCAACCACUGACCUCAUCUCAUUGGAAAGGCGUUUUGCAUAUUUUUGCCUUUCACAAACUCGCGGCUUGUUAGUAACUCCCUCCUCACAUUCUGCCACUUAUUACUGCUUGGAGUAUGAAAAUAUCUGGGGGUGCAAUCCUGUGGUUAAAAUCAUAGAAUCCCUACAGAAAGAGGCCAUUUGGCCCAUCGAAUCGGCACUUAUCCUCCAAAGACCCAGUCCACCGCCACACCCCCCAUCCCUGUAAUCCACGUUUAUAUUGGCUAAUCCACUUAACCUGCACAUCUUUGGGCUGUGGGAGGAAACUGGAGCAUCCAAAGGAAAUAGUUUGAAUGAAUUACUUUCUGCAUCCUUUUCUCUCUGAAAGAAGACCCCUCCUGCCCACCUCAAUCCCCACAAAUACUGAUGAUGGAAACUAUCAACAAUUUCAGAAUGAAGUCAAGUGAAAUUCUUGACAGUUACAGGGAUGCAGCAGGGUAAUCAGACUGUCUGACUAGUUCUGUGGAGAGCUGACAUGGACUUGAUGGGCCAAAUGGCCACCUCUUGUGUUGUUAAGCCUCUAAGCCACUGCGGUCACUGCAACCAAGGUGAGAUUGUUACAACUCUUUGAGCAGGAAGAGUUCUUUUCUUAAAUUCUAAUUUAAGACUCUCCAUGUGUCUUGUGUGAAUAUUUUUGAACUUUUGGAUGAAGGAAGCAGUUGAAAAUGUUUUUACUGUAAAAUAUUUUUCCGACUCUAUUCCGGGUAUUCUGUUUUAUUUUUACUGCAGGGGCAGGAAUUUGAAUGAGGAUUUAUUUCUUGUUCCAUUUGACCUGGACAGUUGGAGAUUUUAUUUUCUGUCUGUGACUAUUUCUGUGUUCUGUAACUUGUGGAUGUGUUUUUAAUUUAUGAUGUCCUGUCACUUAGAUUCAGAUGAAGAGUUGAUUUCUGACAGCCUGGCGCUGUGUUUCAGAUCUCAAUAAAUAGUCACCAAAA